AUGUCUAGUUUUGUGGGAGUUCUUGUGUCCGAUCAAUGGCUUCAGAGCCAGUUUACGCAAGUCCAAUUUCAGAGCCUCAAAUCCAAAUUCAUAUCUAUAAAGAAUCAGAAUGGCAAAGUUACAGUUGGGGAUUUACCACCUUUGAUGGCGAAACUAAAGGCUUUCCGUGACAAGCUCAACGAGGAGGAGAUCAGGAGUGUAUUGGGAGAAUCAAAUUCUGAUUUUACCAAUGAGAUUGAUUUUGAAAACUUCCUCAAGAUCUAUUUAGAUUUACAAAGUCGAUCUACCGCUAAAGUGGGGAAUUCAAAACAAUCGUCAUCAUUUCUCAAGUCCACCACAACCACCCUUCUUCACACUAUCAAUGACUCCGAGAAGGCUUCAUAUGUUGCUCAUAUCAACAGCUACCUCAGAGAUGACCCGUUUUUGAAGCAUUUCCUUCCCAUCGAUCCAUCUUCAAAUGCUUUAUUUGAUCUUGCAAAAGAUGGAGUAUUACUAUGUAAGCUGAUCAAUGUAGCUGUACCGGGGACAAUAGACGAGCGGGCUAUUAACACCAAACGGGUACUUAAUCCAUGGGAAAGAAACGAGAAUCACACACUUUGCCUCAACUCAGCAAAAGCCAUUGGCUGUACAGUGGUCAAUAUUGGUACUCAGGACUUGGUUGAAGGAAGACCUCAUUUACUGCUCGGGCUAAUUUCUCAAAUUAUAAAGAUUCAACUACUGGCAGAUCUCAACCUCAGAAAGACACCCCAGCUGGUAGAACUGGUAGAAGACAACAAUGAUGUUGAGGAGCUUAUGGGACUAUCUCCAGAAAAAGUCUUGCUGAAAUGGAUGAAUUUCCAUCUCAAGAAAGCAGGCUACAAGAAAACUGUAACAAAUUUUUCUUCAGACGUGAAGGAUGGGGAGGCUUAUGCUUACCUGCUUAAUGUACUUGCGCCGGAGCACUGCAGCCCUGCCACCUUAGACGCCAAAGAUGCCACUGAAAGGGCUAAUUUGGUUCUUGAUCAUGCAGAGAGAAUGGACUGCAAAAGAUAUCUAUCUCCAAAGGAUAUAGUUGAAGGCUCGGCCAAUUUAAAUCUUGCAUUUGUUGCGCAGAUAUUCCACCAGAGGAAUGGUUUAUCUACGGACAACAAAAAAAUCUCUUUUGCAGAGAUGAUGACAGAUGAUGAACUAAUAUCUAGAGAGGAGAGAUGCUUUCGCCUAUGGAUCAACAGUCUAGGAAUUGCCUCUUAUGUCAAUAACUUGUUUGAGGAUGUUAGAAAUGGGUGGAUUCUUCUGGAAGUGCUGGAUAAAGUUUCUCCAGGAUCUGUCAACUGGAAGCAGGCAACCAAACCUCCUAUAAGAAUGCCAUUCAGAAAAGUAGAGAAUUGCAACCAAGUGGUUGGGAUAGGGAAGCGGUUGAAGCUUUCCCUUGUCAACGUAGCUGGGAAUGAUUUUGUACAAGGGAAUAAGAAACUCAUACUUGCUUUCCUUUGGCAGCUGAUGAGGUUCAAUAUGCUUCAACUCCUGAAGAACUUAAGAUCCCGUUCCCAAGGAAAGGAGUUUUCUGAUGCUGAUAUACUAACGUGGGCUAACAAAAAAGUGAAGAAUUUAGGCAGAACAUCUCAAAUGGAAAGCUUUAAGGACAAGAGCCUUUCAAGUGGAUUAUUCUUUCUUGAGCUACUCAGUGCAGUUGAGCCACGAGUUGUUAAUUGGAACCUCGUUACCAAGGGUGAAAGUGACGAGGAGAAGAAGCUGAAUGCUACUUAUAUAAUCAGCAUUGCUAGGAAGCUUGGCUGUUCCAUCUUCUUGUUGCCUGAAGAUAUCAUGGAGGUAAACCAAAAGAUGAUCCUUACUCUUACGGCAAGUAUAAUGUAUUGGAGUCUUCAGCAACCUGUGGACGAGCAGUCAUCCCCAUCACCUGCUGCUUCUAGUCGCAGCGCAUCACCUGAACCUUCGAUUGAUGCCACUCCGUCCCCUGCUGCAACUGCCAUUUCUGAUGGAUCGCCUUCACCUUCAAUUAAUGGCACUCCAUCCCUGGAUUUUGCCAACACUCCUGGUUCAUCCCCUGUGCUUCCACUUAAUGGUUCUUUGGCCCGUGAUGGAACUGCUCCUCCCAAGGCAUCGUCAUCACCAUCCUUGAAUGGAAAAGACAAUAGCUCUAUUGCGGCUGAAGUAUCAAAUAUGACCAUUGAUGACGCAGACUCUGAUACUACAACCUCCGCUCCACUAGUAGACGAUGCCGCCUCUGAUACUGCUAUAUCUACCCCACAAGUAGAAAAAGAGGAUACAGAAUCUCAAAGUGAGCUAUAG